GGAGAAACACAGAUGUUGAUGAUCCGGGAAAUAAUCGACAGCAGAAAUGAAAGUCGCUGAAGUUUGUUAAAGGAUUGCUGUACGUUUACUUAAUGACUUCGUUUAAAUGGCGCUUACUUUAACAUUUAUUGUUUUGAUAAUUUACCAAGACCUGCUCACAGGAAUCACCAGCCUCGAAGUCAUUAGAAAAUCUCUGACGGAGGAAGACCGACAUCUGCACUCAGAUACAUUUCUACAAGAUGUAAACAAUCAACUCAAUCAGAGGCGGAUUAACUACCAGAGUUCACUACAGAGACAGGCCUUUCUGAACUCAGCUCUUGGAAAAUCAAACCACUCUGCCCAAUAUGGAGUAAACCAAUUCUCUUACUUGUCUCAAAAGCAAUUUAAAGAACAAUAUCUCACAGCUAGGGCUGAGGCAGCUCCAAAGUUUGACCAGUCCAAGUCUGAAAUUAAAGUUAAAGCAAAUAUUCCGCCCAGAUUUGAUUGGAGGGACCAUGGAGUUGUCGGACCAGUCCAUAAUCAGGGAUCGUGUGGAGGAUGCUGGGCCUUCAGUAUCGUAGAGGCAACUGAAUCAGUGUCUGCUAAAGAUGGUGGGAAACUACAGCAGCUCAGUGUUCAGCAGGUUAUAGACUGUUCCUAUGAAAACCAGGGCUGUAAUGGUGGAUCUCCGGUUGAGGCUCUCUACUGGCUCACACAGAGCAAGCUGAAGUUAGUGAGUGAGGCGGAGUAUCCGUUCAAAGGCGCGGAUGGAGUCUGCCAGUUCUUUCCUCAGGCUCACGCUGGAGUGGCAGUGAGGAAUUACUCCGCUUAUGACUUCAGUGGACAGGAGGAGGUGAUGAUGAGUACACUGGUGGAUUUCGGGCCUCUUGUUGUCAUAGUGGAUGCCAUCAGCUGGCAGGAUUAUCUGGGUGGCAUCAUUCAGCACCAUUGCUCCAGCCACAAGGCUAACCAUGCCGUACUGAUCACCGGCUAUGAUACCACAGGGGAAGUGCCGUAUUGGAUUGUACGCAAUUCAUGGGGGACCUCAUGGGGUGACGAUGGAUAUGCUUACAUUAAAAUAGGGGAUGAUAUAUGUGGAGUUGCGGACAGUGUUUCUGCUGUUUCUGUGUAAUUGUCAAUAAUCCGUGGCAGACCGGGGCUUUAAAAUAUCACCCUCAGGAUGGAAAUCCUCCAAUGUAGAUGAUGAGACUUGUACAAAUUCUCACGGGUUUACAAAUCCUUUUGCCUCUCAACUGCAAAGCAAGUUUAGAUCAUAUUCCUAAUCCCAGCCAGUGUAGCCCAAAAUAAUCAGUCAGAGCCGGAUUUCAGUAAGUUUGUCCCUGAGAAUGUUUUCAUUUUCAGAAAACACUGUCACUAAGUAUGAAAUGCACAACAUGCUUUAUAUUGUUAUGUUGUAUUGUUAUAAACUACCGAUCCAUAGUUUGAAAACAUUACGAUUUCUGAUUCUGAUUUCA